UCCCCGCGAAGGAAAAUGCUGCAGCUGGCCGUGGCCUUGCGGAGCGCCCCCCGGCUGCGCCCCGGGGCGGCCGCGCUCCGCCUCGCCUGCAAGCCCCUGUCCACCGCCGCCGUGCCGGCGCCCAACCCGCAGCCAGAGAUCACCUGCAACAAGAUUUUCAUCAACAAUGAAUGGCACGAUGCAGUCAGCAAGAAAACGUUCCCAACCAUCAACCCAUCCACAGGGGAGGUCAUUUGCGAGGUUGCAGAGGGUGACAAGGCAGAUGUGGACAGGGCUGUAACGGCAGCCAGAGAUGCCUUCAAAUUUGGGUCUCCUUGGAGAAGGAUGGAUGCCUCCCAGCGGGGCAAACUACUGAACCGUCUCGCUGACCUGAUUGAAAGAGACCGGACCUAUUUGGCCGCUCUGGAAACAUUGGACAAUGGCAAGCCAUACUCAAUCUCCUACCUGGUAGACUUAGACAUGGUUGUCAAGGAGCUCCGGUACUUUGCAGGUUGGGCUGACAAAUUCCACGGAAAAACCAUUCCCAUCGAUGGAGACUUUUUCACUUAUACAAGACAUGAGCCAGUAGGUGUUUGUGGACAGAUCAUUCCGUGGAAUUUCCCAUUGCUGAUGCAGGCAUGGAAGCUUGGCCCUGCACUGGCCACAGGGAACGUGGUGGUGAUGAAACUGGCUGAGCAAACUCCCUUGUCCGGUUUGUACGUUGCCAGCCUGAUCAAAGAGGCUGGAUUCCCACCAGGUGUGGUGAACAUUAUUCCUGGUUUUGGGCCUACAGCUGGUGCUGCUAUAUCUUCUCACAUGGAAGUGGAUAAAGUUGCAUUCACUGGUUCCACCUCGGUUGGGCACCAGAUCCAGAAGGCUGCAGCUGAGAGUAACACGAAGAGAGUGACUCUUGAGCUUGGUGGGAAGAGCCCAAACAUUAUCAUGUCUGAUGCUGAAAUGGACUGGGCUGUCGAACAAUCUCAUUUCGCAUUAUUCUUCAAUCAAGGACAGUGCUGCUGCGCUGGAUCUCGGACCUUUGUCCAGGAAGAUGUAUAUCACGAGUUUGUGGAGAGGAGUGUGGAGAGGGCCAAAUCCAGAGUAGUUGGAAACCCGUUUGACUUCAGAACUGAACAGGGGCCUCAGGUGGAUGAAACACAGUAUAAGAAGAUCCUUGGAUACAUCAACAGUGGAAAAAAGGAAGGAGCAAAAUUACUUUGUGGUGGCAACCCUGCCGCAGAUAAGGGCUACUUUAUCCAGCCAACUAUCUUUGGAGACGUGCAGGACGAUAUGGCAAUAGCCAAAGAAGAGAUUUUUGGACCUGUUAUGCAGAUCUUGAAAUUCAAAACCAUCGAGGAAGUCAUCCAGAGGGCCAAUGACACCAAAUACGGGCUGGCGGCCGCGGUUUUCACCAAAGAUAUUGACAAAGCAAACUACGUUUCUCAGGGCUUGCGAGCCGGAACUGUUUGGGUAAACUGCUACAAUGUGUUCGGGGCACAGGCUCCCUUUGGAGGGUACAAAGAAUCUGGCCAAGGGCGUGAGGGGGGAGAGUAUGGCCUGACCCCAUACAUGGAAGUAAAAACAGUCACCAUCAAAGUCCCACAAAAGAAUUCUUGAAGAAGUACCACCACCUGAAGCCGUCCAUAUACGUCACCCCAUACUUGACAGAAAAAAAAAAAUCAAUCAGGAAUUUACCCUGGAGAACUCUACAUUAGGAAAGAAAAACUGCCUUCUAUAAGCAACCCAUGGAACAUACAUGUAACCGGUGGUUAAGAAGUAUUUAUUUUGCUGCUUAAAACUGUUCUUGGCUCUUUCCUGAGACCAGGCCCCUUCAUCUGUAAUGUCCCCACCAGAAAGGGGGGGAGAUAAUAAGGGCAAGGAAAAUCUCACGUUCUCCACACAAUAUAACCUGAAUGGAAAAUCUAUAGAAGCAUUUACUCUAAAACAGGCUACUUUUGAGAAUCAAAUGUUGUAAAGCAGCCCCUUUCUGCACUCUUUUUGUACCUUCUCUAACACAUAAAAGAUUUUAUCCUUAA